GACGAAUGCGGUAUUACAUUUAGAUAAGGGUCGGUUGCGAUAAGAUAAAAGAAUUAAUCGCGAUUCAACUUGGAUCGAACACGGAGCAAGGUGGGGCUUCACGAUUAAUUGAAACCACUUGUUCGUCGUGCGGCCUCUCUUCUUCCCAUGGCAAGCCGACGCAGAAUGGAAAGAGACGGACAAUGACGACGACUUUCUAUAGAUUGCAGCAUGUUUGGAGCCCCGCACGGCAUAGUCGGAAUUUUGAUCGCGUUUGCGGCUGGAGUUGGACUUGCUAGAUCGGAGUGAGUAACGCGAAAGGGCUAUUCCCUGCAAGCUAUGUGCAUUCCUCAGCCUGGGUGCCGCCAAAUUCUUCCCAAGCCAACGCGAAUCAUCACCGUCGCGCCCAACCUAAGUACAAAUCGCUAAUUGGUAAUUAGACUGAAGCGGCGGACUCGGGUACGCUCUAAUUCGAGAGCCCAAUUAGCCGAUCCAUCAGUGAUUCAUCCUCGCUUCCAAUUAAUUUAUCGUGAUUGGUGUCGCGAUCGUACGCAGUGGAGUGGCCCUCGCUAGCUUAUGACUCCUCUUAAUCAGGUAAUUACCAGAAAGUCCGACUAAUCGAGGGCUUGAGAUGCCCUUCCCGCCGCGAAGUUCGGGCAUCCAGUUAGUGGCUAAGAGUGCGUGUUUCUAGAGAAAAAAAAUCGUUAAGGCCCAGGCAUACGGGGUCAAGUGUAGAAGUGACGACUCCCCGAACAGAAUGGGUUCACGCAAUCGCGACCGGAUUCGCGAUCCUCGCGAGGAGAUCCUCCUGGAGACGAAUUUCGAUGACGACGGUGUCCUUACCAAGGCUUACAAUAAUCAUCAACCCCAGCCCAAUCGGCGGAGGAGCACGUACCGCUCGGAAGCAUCGCUGGAUCGAUAUUCAGACGUGCACGGAAUGGGGCAAUCAGGAGGUGAUUGCUGUCGAGCAUGCAUGACACGAAUUCCCUACGCCACCCUAAUAGCCACAUUAAUGUGCCUGUUAGGUGUUGGCAUCUUUUGUGGGACAAUGUACCGUGGCGCCUCAUUAACGAUUAUAAUGUUGGAUCAAGUUUUUCACAUAAGACUGCUAUGGAUCGAAGCAGUACAAAUGAUCUUCGUUAUAAUCGCAGCAUCGAUGGCAGCGCUUGGUUUUAUGAUUCUCUUUGUUGGCUUUUUAGCAACCGGUGCUACACGACAUCGAGUCUAUAGAGCGUGGAGAUCACGAGUCGGAGGACGGAUUUCUUGCGCUGUGUUCAUGGGCAUCACAUACCUGCUGAACUUCGUGUGGACCCUGAUACUUUGUUUCCUAGUGAUAGUAACAUUUGUCUACACAGUAUUCUGGAAUAUGUGCACAAGUGUAGAGAAAUCAAACACUUGCAUCGACUUGGCGCAGUUCCACUUCAUGUUUCCUGCGAGCGUGCGCCAGGAAGACUUGAAAAUCUGCGAAAAAUUCGAAAUCAAAGCAUUCUGUAAAGAUGGUGUUGAAAUUGCUGAAAUUAUGUUUGUUCUAGCAACACUAGCAAGUCUAUUGGUUAUCUUAAGUCUGAUACACUAUCUAAUGUGCCUUUCAGCCAAUUAUGCACAUAUACGUGAUCAUGAGAAAUUCCAGGAGCUCCAAGAGCUACAAACACUCAAUGAAAUGGAGUAUAGUGCAGCGUCUAAGGAUCGUUUCUAGAAGCGGGCUCAGAAGAUUUAUUUCGAGGAGAUUUUCUAAGAUUCGAAUGAAAUCGUUUUUUUCAUUCGGAUACAAGCGCACACAGUGUUUUUUUUAGAUCAAUUUUUUUUUCCAGAGUUUUCCAUGUUUUAGGAAGAAGGGAAAGUGCUGAAGUUAGGGAAGCAUGUGUUAUAAUUUGUAGUGCUGUUGAGUACGCCACUGCCGUGAUAUAAACCGAUUAGAUGAAACGAUUAGAGUAUUUUAAGGAUUUCUUUUAAGUCAGUGAACAAAUCCAUUGUAACAUUCCGUCCGCUUUUGCGGGUACUUAAUUUUACUGCAUGAUAUUGUUCGUACACAAGCAACUACAUUUAAGUUUAUAUUCGAAUACAUUUUAUGAUUGUUUUCAAGAGAGUGUGCGCAAUGUAGAACUUAAACUCGAAAUAUAUCUUCUGAAGUGUAUUUAAAUCUGAACAAAAGACAACUUCUAACACUGUAAAAAGAAAGACAACAAAAUGAACCCAAUCCAAUGAAGACAAAUAAUAUUUUUAUACACAAAACAAUAUAUACACCGAUAUACACACUUUUGUAUUUGUAAACCUGAGUAUUUAAUGUAAAGUAGUAUUAAUAGAGAUGUUCGGAGUCAAAAGUCGAAAGAAUGAAGUUUUGAAAAGUGAGUUUACAUCCCCGAUUUUUGCGCUGUUUUCAAUAAGAUCAAUUCAAGCUCGAUGAACAUAAUACAAUCGUAAACGAUCAAGAGAAUUGAAUUUGUGAUGUUGAAUGUGGAUGCGCUCAAAAUUGGAGGUAUAAGCUGGCUUUCAACGCUUUUCAGAUAAGAUUGCAAGAAGCUAGCUUUGCAGGGCUAACAAUCAAAUUUUCGCACACAGUCUACGGCUUCUUCUAUUGCUGAAUU